AUGAGCAAGAUUACUGUUUUCGAAGGUAUCAACUUUAGUGGCAGGAGUAAAGAGUUCACCUCUUCUGUUUCCAACUUGGUAAAGGACAACUUCAAUGACUGCAUCUCCUCUCUGAGGGUGAUUGGGAGUCCAUGGGUGGCAUAUUCAGACGUCAACUUCAGAGGUUCUCAGUUUGCCUUUGAGGAGGGUGAAUAUGCCACCUUGGAGUGUGAUAAGAGCAUUUCUUCCCUAGAGAUGGUGACGGAGGACCUGACAAAUCCUCAGAUAACACUUUAUGAAGAUGAUAACUAUGGAGGCAAGUCCCGCGUCUUCACCAGUGAAAUCAAUCUGGUCCACAUCUCUUUCCAUAAUGUGGUGUCUUCUCACAAGGUGCAGAGAGGAGUGUGGGUACUUUAUGAAAAAAGUAACAGAGGUGGUGCUCAGAUGGUGGCCAGGCCUUCUCGUGAUCUUCCUAAUUAUGGCUCGUUCAACAACAAAGUGUCUCAUGUGCGCCCUCUGAAGCCUGGCGUAAGCACGGUGAAAGCAGAGAUCAACUGGAAACAGAAACAAGAACGUGUCAGACCUGUUACGAUUGACUCCAUAUGUGGUGUAAACCAAGGAGAUCAAGAGAAAAGCUUCUCCAAUGAGCUGUUUAAAGAGUAUGAAGGCUUCAUCACUGACAGCGUCACCUUUGACAGUUCUACGCAAAUCCCCUUGGGAAUGUCCUUUAAUGUAGAUGUAGGAGCAAUGAAGGCAGACAAGAACUUCUCUUUGAGUGAAACCUUCACUGUGGAGAAAGGCAGCAGCAACACCAGAACUGAGAAGAAGAAUAUCAAAAUCUCCCUGCCCACCAAAAUAUCUCCGCACACCAAGCUCACUGUAAAUGUGGUGAGGAAAGAAGUGUUAACGAAGGCCUCAGUCCAGCUUACCAUCAUGAGAGGUUCCCUACUACCCAUCGUGGAGUUUUGCGAGUACAAAUGCCAAUCUGGAAACUCCAUCACCACCGAGUUAAAGGAGGAAAAAAUCUAG